AUGGCGCUUCCCCAGGGAGGGCAGGGCUGCCUCUUAAAGAGAUUCCCGCUCUCAGCCUCAAUCCUGACUUUCUGGAUCCUCCACGGCUCUGGGGAGGCCCUCCGCAUCCAGAAGAUUCCAGAGCACCCUCAAAAGAACCAAGACCUUCUCCUGUCUGUCCACGGCACCCCAGAAAUCUUCCAGGUCUUCAACUGGUACCUGGGGGAGGAGGUCAGUGGCAGCACCAUGCUGUUCUCCUACUUCCCGGAGCUGCAGCGACCCCAGAGGGAGGGCAGUGCCAUGAAGCACCGUGACAUCGUGGGCUUCCCCAAUGGCUCUAUGCUGCUGCGUCACGCUCAGCCCAACGACAGUGGCACCUACCAAGUCACUGUCACCAUGAAUCCUGACUGGACCAUGAGGACCAAGACCCUAGUCCAGGUGGCACAGAAAGAUAAGGAGUCACCCAUUGGACGCCUGCCGGAGAACAUUGGGAUCGUGGCUGCCAUUGUCAUCGGAGCGCUUGCUGCCGGGUCCCUCGUCGGCGGCAUGGCCUACUUCUUGGUGACACGAGGCUGCAGGGGCCAGAAUCACAGAGUGUCUGCUCCAGGAGGCCAGAAGUCUAUGUCUGUGUUGUUCCCAGCUGUGUCCCCCGUGCCUUCAACUGUGUCCAGCCCAUGGUCGGGUGUCGGGAAACAGUUUGUCUAG